GUCUCCUUCCAUGGCUUAGAACGUGAGAUUUGCUUCCACGUGGAGUUUGUUUUUUCGUCUCUAAUUCAUAGAGUAAUAAAAGGUGAAACCAUGAAAACAAAGCCAGUAUCCCAUAAAAGUGAAAACACUUUCAGGUUCCAAACAUUUUCAGAAAGAAUAGCAGCCGUUAAUAUUGAUGUUAUUCACCGAAUUGGUCAAUCCUCACAAGUACCAGAGGAAAGAGAAACAUUUCUGUUGGAGGCUGUAGAGAAGUGGAGUGAUCUAAAUUGUACUGAAGAAUUUGAUAAGUUAUCUAAGAAGAUAGGGAGAGAUAUACAGCUGUUACCUCAAGUUCUGCACAGAAAGGAUGAACUUGUAGAAAUCUUACAAGAGAGUUUACAGAAAGUUGAUAAUCUAGCCCUAGAUGCCACUUUAGAGUUUGUAGUUGCUCUGGCCCGUGACAUUCAAAAAGAUUUCUACCCGUACUUUCCUAAAAUCUUCACUUCUGUAUGUAGUCACCUGGAAACAAAAGACACAGAUAUGUUGGAACGUUUGUUUUCGUGUCUUGCCUACCUGUUUAAAUUUCUGUGGAGAUACAUGGUAAAAGACAUUGAGAAUGUGUACAGUCUUUAUGUUCCUUUACUGGGUGCAGAACAUAAAGAGCAUGUGCGUAACUUUGGAGCAGAAAGUUUUGCUUUUCUUUUGAGAAAGGUACCAGACAAAGAAGAACUACUGAAAUUUAUUUUCCAAAAAUUGGAAGAUAACCCAACACAAGCACAAGGAGUAGGACAGCUGCUGUUUGAGAUGAUUAAAGGAGUAAAGAAACAGUUUCACAGCUGUACGGCCAAGGUUUUUCCUUUGUUUCUCAAAUGUCUCGGACAGGAACUGAGUGAACAGUUCAGAUCUUUAAAGCUUCCAUGGGAACACGUAGAAACAGCUUUGACCCAAACAGUAAUAUCAAUGGCAAAACAUGCAACCAGGGAGUUUAGCAAUAUCAUAUGGAUAGUUUUCUGUGAUACAUUAAAUCAUCUGGAAGCAAAAUUGAAUAUACUAAAUGAACAAACUGACAGGCAACAUGUGGCUGAUCAUCUUGAACGAGUGCUACGACUUUUAAUGAUUUGGAUCAAACAUAAGGAUGGUCAGCUAGUGUCUUGUUUGGAACAACUUGUUCAGACAAUGGUAGGCUUGACUGAGUGUGAAAAAUUGCCCUCUGGCUCUCAGAAGCUGAUUUGUCAUGUUGUAUCUAAUUUGCUACUCAGUGAUCAAGUUGAUUUGUCAGUUUAUCAGACAAAAUGUCUGGUUUCAGCUAUUUACAAAAGUAAAUUUGAGAGAUCUGUUCUUCUUGAUUGUACAAGAACUUUAUUUGACUACAAAAUGUUUGAAAAGGAUAUUUUACCGAAUUGUAUACUGUUUUGCCAACAUGCCAUUGAGGAAAAUUCUGAAGAAGUACUUGCUGUUUUGACAGAAUUAGUUCUGCAUAAAAGACCAUUGUUUAUAACGGCUGAAGACUUUUCAAAAUGGUCAAAAUUCAGUUUGGAUUUUCAAAAAUCCUCUGUAAAUGAAGACAGAACUGCUGGACCUGAACUACCAAAUGUUCCAGAUGCUAUUCUUAAUGCAAUCAAAGUUGAUGAAGAAGGUUUAGAUAAAAACUUACAAGUUUUAUGGUCUGCUCUAGUCUGUCUUCCACACUUAAGAUUUUUGGACACAGAAGCACCUCAACAUGUCAGAGCAGUCUUACUUCAUUUAUUCCACAUGCUUGUUGAGCCUAAGAGUCAAGGAAUCACUGUGUUGGAAAAGAUAAUGUUUGUAUUUAGUCAGGCCAUUUGUACUUAUUCACUCUUGCAAUCUGAUGAAACUUUACAUGGAUUUCUUUCUGUUGAAAAUAUGACCAAACUGAUCAGGCUGUAUCCAACUUCUGUGAUUAUUUUACAAGCUUUUGACUUCUAUUUGACUCAUCCAUUUCAAAAAGUGAAAGAUAUUGACAUUUCUAUUCUGGAGAAUAUUUUCCCAUUGAUGCAGCAGAAUCUGUUAUCACCUUUUCAUUUGGUUCGCCUUUUGACAUUAAGAAUCCUCUCUAGUUUUAACCUGCCACUACCUUCAUUAGAAGACAAGAACUUGAAACAAACUAGUGUGUUUAGAAUAUGCUUGGAAGUAGAAAAAGUACCAUUGACAGUUCAAGACUAUAGGGAGAAACUCAAACAUCUCCAGAAACUUGAAUAUAGGCUUAUCCAGAAAAACUUGCCUAUAGGCCCAUUUGAAAGGGUUCCUGUUUACUUUCUGCUUGGAAGCUUGUACAACAAUUUUAAGUUGCUCUGGCAGCCAAUACAAAAGCUUCUUGAAUCCCAUGCUUAUGGCCUUGGAAAGUCGUUUUGGGAUGUAUAUUCUGCUCAACUGCAGAAAGCAAUAGAUGAUCAAGGUACAUCGUCAGCCAUUCAAAAUUCAUUCCAGUUGAAUGAAGCUUGGAAAUCAGGUGGUGAUUCAUCACACAGUAUGGGAAAGCUGUUUCUUGAGAAUUUGUGCAUUUUGUGUUUACCUCAAGAACGUCCAGACUUCAGCAACUAUCGGCUUCUUUUAUGGCAGGCCAUUAGAAUGUUUCCUGAUUCUGCAGAACCUAGGAACAAAGAAUUAGUCUCACUGUUUUUAUACUUCAUAAGGGAGGAAUUUUCCAACUAUGACACCACUUUGGUGAAAACCCAAGACAUCAGUCAGAAAGAAAUAAAAAACUCUAUUUCGUGUUUCAAACAACAGAGAAAAAAACAAAAGAAAAGAGUUCAUAAUAAAAAAACUUGUGGAAAAAGAGCAAGAAGUGUUGAAAGAAAAAAGAUGGUAAAAAAAAAAGUUAGAAUAACAGAGGUUGACGAUGAAAGUGGUGUAGAAAUGGAUACAGAACCUCCUCUCAGUCUGGAAGGUGAAGAAUGUGUGACAGAAUAUGAAAAGGCACAGAAGGAAAUGGGAAAUGAUUCUGAUGAGGAAAUAGCAAAUGAUAUGCUAACUCCAACAAGUAAAAUGGCUAACAGCUUACCUGACGUAAAAGAAUUUUAUGAUACAAACAAUGAAGAGGAAUCUGGUAAUAAUGAUUAUAAUAUCAUUGAAGAAGCAAAAAAAGGGAAAAGUAUUAUCAAGUUAUUACGUGCUCAUCUGGGAGUUUUUGCAAAAUUCCAGAAUCCUCGAGCCAUUUCUCGAAGUGAAGAGUUGCAUCAGUUGUACCUUGAGUUACUUUGCUACAGAGAUGCAGAAGUCCAGAAAUUAGCAUUUGAUUGUGUAAUGACUUACAAUCACAAGUAUCUUACACCAUACAAAGAAAACUUUUACAGCCUUUUAGAUGAAAAGACAUUCAAGACAGAGGCUACACUCUUCAGCAUAGAUUCCGAACAUGGGAGUGUCCAGGCAGAACAUCGAGAGGAACUACUGCCUGUAUUAAUGAGAAUAUUGUAUGGUAAGAUGCUUUAUAAAACUGGAGGAAACACAGGUGGAAAAUCAAAUGCUCAUAUCCGUCGUGGUAUAGUUCUCCGCUUUCUUGCAGGCUGUAAUGAAUCAGAAUUAAAAAUGUUUUUGAUGUUGGCUUUUUCCCCAUUCAAGCAUGUGUUUGAUAAAAACCCAUUGGAAAUUGUGAAAAAUAUGAAAAGAGAACUGGACUUGUCAGCUGUUGUGCCAGUAAGAAGACAACUUAGCAUAAUGAACACUUUAGGAACUAUGCUGAAACACUUUGGCUGUCUUGCAGCCAACCUUUUACCUCAACUGUUCCGUGUGUUGCUUUCUGUAGCCACUCAAGCAGUAACACUUCUUGAACGUCGAGAAGAAAUUUGUCCUCGUUUCAUUAACAUGCUAAAGAAUCUGAGAACCAUGGCUUUCAUUAAAAUCAUUCAGUUUUUCACAGUAUAUGACACAUAUCCGUUCAGCUGUGAAGAGAUUGAUGCUGUAUUUGAAUCAGUUGUUUGGCCAGUGCUACCAAGAUUAAAAUAUGAAGGAUUGAACUACCCACCUCCAAUACUUAGGCUUUUUAGUGCUUGGAGUGAAGACCCUCGGUAUUUUGCUCUGUUUUCAAAACAUCAUCCAGAAAACAAGGACCUGACUCCUUUGUCACAUGUAAUGUCCUUGUACAUUGCUAACAAAGCUCAGCCAGUGGUUGUUGGUCUAAUCACAAAGAUGCUCAGCAAUCUCCUGACACUGGUAGAGGAUGCAGCAGAAAGUGAACACAGGUUGACCACUCUUGUUGUUAACAACUUGCUACCAAUUUCAGAAACUCUUGAGCAACACUCACCAGAGAACGAGCCACUAAAUUAUGGAACUAUCCUGUUGUUGCCAUAUGUACCCUUGAUUCUCCAGCGGCUCCGACUCAUUGUUACAAGAACAGUAAAAAAUUCUAAAAGAUUUAUAAGGCCCGAAGAACUAACCAUUCUCUCAAGGAUCAGUGAACAUGUGCGUGAGAAUAAACAAAGUGAAGAGCUUGUUGAUCUACUCAUUCCUUUUGUUACAAAAUCAUCUCUCAGGAAACAGGAUGCAGCAGAAGUUGGUGUAUUGACCACACUAAAGAAUCUAGUUUUUAAUGUAGAUUCACCAUCAAGAUUUAUAAGGCCAAUGGCAUCCUUGUUCUCCACUUUGUCUCUGAGACUUUCAAGAAUCACUCUUUGCUCUGUUUUUGGCACAAUAGCAGAGAAAGAGAACAAACUUUUUGUUCUUGCUGAAGUUGUAUCCAAGUUAAAUUCCUGGAAUCCUAAGUAUGCUGAAGAACCAGAUUAUAAUACCAGACUUGAUGGUUAUAAAUUAGCCCAGGAUGUUCUUGAGAAAAUGGAUAGUAUUGAUAUUGACUUUGUUCUUGUUGUUAUCUACAACUGUGCAUACUUUAUCAGAAAUAGUGAUGAUCUGUCAAUAAGAGAUUCAGCUUCUUACACACUCCAGCGUAUGGCUCCCAAAUUUGCCUUGAGGAUGGAAAUAGAUAAAGUAGCCUUUCGAGUCUGCAUUGCUGAAGCCUUACUGGGAGAAGUGAAGAAAGGGCUGAAGGCAAAAUCAGAGGUAGUUCGUCAUGAAUAUUUUCAAGUUUUGGCUGCAUUAUUGCGUCAUUGUAACAAUCACCAGCGACUAAAGGAUCUGUCACUUCUUUGUGAUAGUGAUAUUGAUAUAGACUUUUGGGAGAACAUCCGUCAUAUUCAAUUACAUCGUCGCUCAAGAGCUCUUACAAGAUUUGCUCGCAAUUUAACCUCGGGCAUCCUGACAAUGAACUCUCUAACCUUGAUGUCAUUCAUGAUGCCAAUUGCAACUUCUUUUCUUUUUGAUGCUUCCUAUUCCAAACACAGCCAUAUUGUUGAUGCAGCAGUUGAAGCCAUAGGAUCAAUUUGCCUUUUCCUUCCUUGGCAUCGCUAUGAGAAUGUACUUCGUUACUAUUUGGGAUUGCUGCCUAAAAACCUUGAAUAUCACAAAGUUGUGGUAAAGGUCAUUGUUGCUAUUUUGAAUGCUUUUCACUUUGACUUAUCCCAUUCCCGUGGACUGGAUGCUGAACUGAAGAUAGAAAUUAAAGAAGACAAAAACCAAAAUGCUGAAACAGCAGAUGAUGAUUCUCAUACUGCUAUACCUCCCACACAAGAAACUGAUUCUGGUAACAAAGAAAGUAACCAAGUGACUGAAUUUCAAAAAGAACUCAUGGAUGAAGAAAUGGCUACUAAAAUUCACCACAGUAUUGCUAGGAGUUUGUUGCCUCAACUUCAUCGUUGUUUGACACAAAAAACUCGUAGUGAUGAGGAACAUAAGCUGGCUGGACGCUCGUACCCAGAAGAUGAGGAAAUAUUGAGAGUUCCAAUAGCCAUUGCUAUGGUCAAAUUAUUACAAGCAUUACCUCAUGGAAUGCUAGAACAGAAUCUUCCAGGAUUGUUUCUGAAGACUUGUAACCUUUUAAAGUCACGAUCAGAAAGUAUUCGAGAAACCACACGAGAAACCUUGAUUAAAAUUAUGCAAUCACUAGGCCCACAUUACUUUUGGUUUCUGCUACGAGAAAUGCGAGGUGUAAUGAAGAAAGGAUAUCAGAUUCAUGUCUUAACAUACACUGUUAAUGCAGUUCUCACAAACCUCAUCCCUCAUCUGAAGACAGGCAAUCUGGAUUCAUGCCUAAGUACACUUACUGGUAUUUGCAAUGGAGAGUUGUUUGGUGAUGUAGCUGAAGAGAAAGAGGUUGCCAAAAUUACAGGAAAGUUGAAAGAAGCUAGAAGCAGCAAGACCUAUAAUAUGUACCAGAUUAUGGGACAAUUUGUUUCAGAAAAAUUUAUUCCCAACCUAGUACUUCCUUUAAAGGAGAUGCUAGAUACAACAAACAGUCACAAAAUUAUACGAAAAUGCCAGGAAUGUCUAAGACAUAUUGUUCUUGGGUUAGCUGAUAAUAAAGAUGUUUCUGUGAGAGCAUUGCUAAUAUAUAGUCAUGGCCUCACUCAAGUAGUUUUUACAAAUGUGGAAAAUAGUUCUCGAGCUCCACAUCACUCUACAGAGCCCAAAACGCAACGACCAGAUAUCUAUAGUAUACCAGCAGAACCUCCAAGAGGUGGCUUGCCUGUUAAACUAAGCAAGAAAACAAAUGCUCAUGUCCUUGUAGAGUUUGGACUUCAGUUGCUUCAUGUUUGCCUGAAGAGAGAUAAAGUAUUGCCAAGUGUCCAAGAACAUAUGGAAAUGUUAGAUCCAUUUGUAACUGUUCUUGUGGAAUGCCUUGGUAGUCAAUUUGUUAAGUUAAUAUCUACCACACUGAGAUGCUUAACAUGGAUCCUGAAAUACCCCUUGCCAUCUCUGAAUACUCAUGUUCCAAAGAUAUGUAAAUUAGGCUUUGUGUUAUUGAACAAGUAUGCAGGUCCAGGAAUGGGACAGGGUGAAAACUUUGAAAUGGUGGUCACAUGUUUUAAGAUGCUAACAGUGCUUGUGAGAGAUGUUGAAUACUAUGUCAUUGAAGAACAACAACUGAAAGUGUUGCUGAGUUACAUUGAACAAGAUAUACACGAUCACACAAGACAAGCUACCGCCUUCACCUUGUUAAAGGCAAUCCUCUACCGACAAUUGAAAACUCCAGAACUGGAAGAUAUUAUGAAGAAGGUUUCGGAAAUGGCUGUAAUCUCAGAACGUGAGCAUAUCCGAGCACAGAGUCGUCAAGCUUUUCUUCAGUAUCUUUUGGACUACCCACUAGGGAAGAAAUUAGAAAGACACCUGGCAAAUUGCAUUGCACAAUUGGACUAUGGACAAGAAAGUGGUCGUACAUCAGCACUGGAAAUGUUAAAUUUGAUUUGUAACAGCUUUCCUGUGGGAGUUUUGAAAAGCCAUGCUGGACUUUUCUUUAUUCCGCUAGCUGCUCGGCUUGUCAAUGAUUCAUCAUCAAAAUGUAGGCAGAUGGCUGCUAUGAUUAUCAGAAACAUGCUCACAAAGAUUGAUGAUAAUGAGAAGAAGAAUUUGUUUUCCAUAGUGAUAGCUUGGAUUAAGAAUCGCAAGAUGGCUCAUAGGCGUCUUGCUGCUCAACUCUGUGGAAUUUUUGCUGAAGUUGAAGGACAGAAUUUUAAGCACUACCUCAAAGAUAUCUUGCCGAUUAUUCAGUUGCAGUUGGACCCAGGAAGGUAUCAAAAUAUAACUUCUGAAGAAAAGGAACGUGGUGCUGACCACCUCCUGUACCACUUAAUGAUUGGGCUUUCUAAAGUUUUAACAACAUGUAAAGUCGUGCGUGAAGAAGUUUAUCGGGAAGACUUCAAUCUUAUAUGGGAACAUCUUCAACAACAUAUUCUACAUCCUCAUUCGUGGGUUCGCCUUGGUGCUGCUCAACUGUUUGGUCAUUUGUUUGCUGCCUACCCAGUUGAAGAAGUUGUUAAAUCUGCUUCAACACCAGAUCCUAAAGCUAAUGAGUUUUUACUUCAAGAUACCAGGCAGAAAAUACGUGAUCUUGCAGCAGAUUUCUGUUCUCAGUUUCAAAGUAUUCACUUGACAGAAACCUUAGCAGAACAGGUGGUUAGAAAUCUGGUAUAUCUAGCCAAGGUUCUACGUCACCUAUCACAUGAUAGUAUACAAAAUGGUCACCAUAGCAGUAUUAAACAAAAGGAUGAUGAAGAACAGGAUGAGGACAGCAUAGAAAAUGAGAAAGUUGUCCAUAAAUCUGUAAUUGUUUCUCUCCGGUGGUUGAUUCGACGUGUUACCCGAGAGGCUAAAAUGGAGGUUGCUAAUAACCCUACCAUCACAUUAAAGCGCUCCUGUGUUUUCAAGUGGCUUGCAGCUAUUUCUGUGGACAUGACGCAAGAGGAGUUGACUAGGUGGCUUCCACUAAUGCUACCAAGUCUGUGUCGAGAACUAUCAGAUAACUCUUUACAAACAGUUCCAGAACUAAAGACGUUGGCCCAAGAGGUGGUAGAACUAAUGCGUGGUGUAGUGGGAGUAGAAAUCUUCACACGAGAGUAUGCCCAAGUUCAAAGCUUCAUAGUUCAGAAACGUACCAAAAGAAAGAGAGAAAAAACACUUGAAGCUGUUGUGAAUCCAGAGAGAAGUGCACGGAAAAAGAUGAAAAAACAAGUCAAGAAGAAAGAUGCUAAAAAACUUAAGAUGGCAAAACAAAAGGGAAAAAAGAUAAAAAAAGCCAAACUUUCAGAAAUGGCAAUGAUAUCAUAAUAUUAAGAAUAAGCUCAUCUGUAUUUAGUUAAUGUACUAUGUAAAUAUUAUAUGCUUAUUCUGUGAGAAAAAUAUUAAAAGUGAAUUAGAUCUUUCU